AUGAUUGAUGUUGUGAGCUUCGAUAGCUACCCUUCUAGGAGAACGGAGGAGCAGAUGAAGAACGAGGUAGAUCCGCUUACGAAGACGAGCGAUAAAGGGCAUCGCUCGCAUUUCAAAUCUUGGCUACUUUCAGCGGUGCAAAACAAAGACAAAUUUGAGGAAAGCAGUCUAGACACUUUCCUAGACUAUAUAUCAGGUCCUGCCGGCCAAGGUAGUCUGUUCCAACAUCAGGUGCGACAUUACGACCCUAAGCAUACUAUGGAUAUUGCCGACAGAUAUUACGACCUUGCCAAAAUUCCCGUCAAGUUGGUUUGA